UUACUUAAACGAGCCAAAUAUUAAAUGCAGGCAUUUGGGAUGCAUCUUACACGGUUUAGAGGGGUCAUCUCAUUCAACCCUCCAGGGUUUUCUAUUCAAGCUUCCCUCAUAAAUCCAUAUUGACCCAUUUCAAAAUCCAGCAGUUUUUCAUACUGUAUGGCACUCCCUGUUAGACGCUUGGCCGCUAAUGGCUCUACCUCCCCUAUUUUAAACCUAAUCUCUAACAGGACAUACAAACAACAAUGUCGAGCUUUGCACAGUUAUGGCCGCUACCAUUUCUCGACGUGCUCGGAUGGCUUUGAGGAUGAUGCUGAAAUGGAUCACAAAGACUUUCUGCAGUGGCAAAAUGGAGGUGGGACUUUUCACAAGUCAGCUUGUAUUGAUGCAACGGCACUCAUAGGAAUUGGUGCCAUAGUUCAUUCAAAGUCUGUUGUGGGUGCAAAUGUUCAUAUUGGAUCUGGAGCUAUUAUUGGACCUGCUGUUACUAUUGGUCCAUCCACAAAAAUAGGGUAUAAACUUGUUUAUUUGGAAAGAGUCGGCGCUUCCAUGUAUAAUGUUGCACUUAGUAAUUGCACAAUUGGCGAAUCAUGCAUUGUCCACAAUGGAGUCUGCAUUGGUCAAGAUGGAUUUGGUUUCUUCGUGGAUGAGCGUGGGGACAUGGUGAAGAAGCCUCAAAUCCUGAAAGCAAAAAUUGGAAACCAUGUGGAGAUAGGUGCAAAUACAUGCAUUGACAGGGGCAGCUGGAGAGACACUAUAAUAGGGGAUCAUUCGAAGAUAGAUAAUCUAGUUCAGAUAGGUCACAAUGUAGUGAUUGGGAAGAGUUGCAUGCUUUGUGGACAAGUUGGGAUUGCAGGUUCAGUAACAAUGGGUGACUAUGUAACUUUAGGUGGAAGGGUGGCAGUUCGUGAUCAUGUCUCCAUUGUAUCAAAGGUCCGCCUAGCAGCUAAUAGCUCUGUCACCAAGAACAUCAACGAGCCUGGGGACUAUGGCGGUUUCCCUGCUAUUCCAAUUCAUGAAUGGCGAAGACAAGUUGCUACCCACCGCCGAAGUUUGAACUAAGAAAUUCCUUGGAGUCUUAGACUGACGAAGACAGGAGGUUCUAGGUUUGGUCCAAGUAGGCAAGAAGUUUAUCAAAGGAAUUUUAAUGUGUAUGUUGAACAUUACACAGUAACAUGCUUAGGAAAUUCAAACAACCGCAUUUGGUGCCCUGGUUCAGUGACGACACCAGGUUCUUUCUUCCAUCUGUCUGACGCAAUUGAGAUUACACAAUAUGUCUACUUACUAAGCACUUUUUGUUUGCCAAUCUUAGUGUAACAUAUGUUCUAUGAAAUUUUUCAACUGUAAAAUUAACAAGAUACCUUUCAAGUUGUGGUUCACUCCUGUAAUUUGUUGGAAUCAAUCUAUUGAGGAGCCAACUAUGACGUUUUUCA